CAAAAAACAGUUGGCGGGCGGCCAUGGGAGGAUACGAAGGUGUUAGCGCUGAAAGCCUAAAGUUCAGUAUGCUACGUUAUAUACGUUCGCGAAAAUAUUACUUAUUUUCAUUAGUCAUAGUGGUUUUUCUUUGUCUGUAUUAUUUUAUUAUUUUCCAAGUGUUUUUUUCGAGUGAUGACUAUUAUAUAGCAUUUCCUGGACCCAAGUAUCCGCCGACGAAAGGAGAAGUAUGGCCAAAGCCUGAAUAUGAACUCCGACAAAAUGACGUGUUUUACAAGUUGAACGUGUCGGUUUUUAAAAUAGAGAUAAGAAAAGAAACUUGUGAUAUUCUCGUUCUAGCUAUUAACCGAUAUAAGGAUAUUAUAAUAAAAGGUAUUGAUCAAGAAAUAACUGCCAGAAAUGAUGACGAAGUUUACAGAACACUAGAAGAGCUGUAUGUAGAUUUAGCAUCUCCGUGUGAAGAAUACCCUCAUUUUGAUAUGGACGAAAGUUACGAUUUGUCUAUAAUACUAUCGAAUUCUACCCUUAAAUGUCAGUCGGUUUGGGGCUGUCUGAGGGGACUGGAGACCUUUACACAGCUUGUUUAUUAUUCAGAUGAUGACAACGCACUUAUAAUUCAAGCUACACAUAUAAAAGACUCCCCACGCUAUCAGCAUCGAGGGUUGCUGCUGGAUACAUCGCGCCACUACAUCACCGUCACCAACAUCGUGCGCACUAUCGACGCUAUGGCUAUGAACAAAAUGAAUGUUUUGCAUUGGCACAUAGUUGACGACCAGAGCUUCCCGUACCAGAGCGAAAAGUUUCCGGAGCUUAGCAAACAAGGAUCGUACCAUUCGUCGAUGUUAUACACAAAAGAGGACAUACGCAAAAUAGUCGAGUAUGCGAGAGAUCGUGGAAUACGGGUAGUGGCCGAAUUUGAUGUUCCAGGGCACACCCGAUCGUGGGGUAACGCGUACCCUAAACUUCUAGUAGAGUGCUACAAAAGGAGCCAAGUCGUAGGUUUGGGCCCGAUUAAUCCCAUCAACAAUCACACGUAUGAAUUUCUCCGGGAACUGUUUCAAGAAGUGCAAAAUUGGUUUCCUGAUAAAUAUUUUCAUAUUGGCGGUGAUGAAAUUAUACUUAAAUGCUGGCAGUCUAACCCUGAGCUUCAGGCGUAUAUGCGGGAACAUGGUAUCGACGCAAAAGGGUUGCAUGCUCUGUUCAUGAAGAGGACCAUACCUCUGCUGGCGGACGGCUCCAAGGCCAUUGUGUGGCAGGAAGUUUUCGAUAACAGAGUUCCCUUGGACAAAGACACACUAGUCCAGGUGUGGAAAUAUUAUUGGGUGGCAGAAAUGAUCAAGAUCUUAAAGAAGGGCCACAAGGUGUUGUUCUCGUCUUCCUGGUAUUUGGAUUACUUGAGCGUGAAAUGGGAGGAGCUGUACGAGGCUGACCCGCGCCAGAUGGUGGCCGACGUGGCUAGUGACGUCUUGGUGGAAGGCAUCGUCGGCGGUGAAGCUUGUAUGUGGGGAGAGAUGGUUGACGAUAGGAAUGUUAUGAGCAGGGUUUGGCCAAGAACGAGCGCAGUGGCCGAGAGACUCUGGAGCAAGGAUAUUGAGCGGAGCCCCGGGGAGCUCACACACCGGCGGCUGGAGGAGCACACGUGCCGCAUGAUCCGCCGUGGCAUACCCGCCGAGCCUCCCAGUGGACCUGGCUUUUGUGUCGUUUAAAUAUACGAUAGUGAUCGAACGUGCUGCAUACUUAGGAUGAUACCUUAUUGAGACGAAAAUAAAUCAUGAUUAGUAUAAAAAAAUAUUUUCAUGGCCGAAAUUUUGCAACUCUCGAAUUCAUAAAACAAACAAAGUACGCUCGUGUGACUUCACCCUUAUUCAUACAUCGUUAUUUAAAAUCAUGCCCAGUUGCCCUAGAACAGAGGCGGGUUUGGUUGGUUGGUUGUUGGUUUGGCGGGUGGUUACCGUACCCCAAAGUGGCCCCGAAUAUCAGUGUCGCUGUAUCGGGUGAUGAGUGAUGACUGAUGACAGAUUAGUGCCUUUAAAAAUAAUUGCUAUAGUA